UCAAAGCCCAAGGCCGAGUAUCUUCUCUCCCCUCUCCGUCUCCCACCAGCCCGCCCCUGACCGUGUGCCAAAGAAAGGAAGACCAAAUCACAAAACUGUUGUUAUAAUAAUAUUUUAAGUGACAGAGAGAGAUUUCUCUACCAACGCGCUGUCUCUCUCUCGUUUCAAGCGAGAACCUUCUUCUCAAUAGUGAUUAUCCUCUCUCCUUCCUCGCGUGGACCUCUUUCGACAUUUCUUCUCUAUUUAUCAUUCUCGCUUGAUUUUGGACUUUUAUUUUCCAGAUCUGCUACUCUUUACCCCCGAUUUUGUGGUCUCCAAACCCUAGAUUUCUCCAGAAUAGCUUCUCUUUUUUUUUGUGUAAUUCAAUCGCGAUUUUGUCAAUAGCUCGUCAUUGUCCUUAGGUUUUGUGUUACCGUAGGAAACCCUACACGUUGUAGUCUCUUGCUGUACAGAUCCCUCCGUAGGCAGAGUUUGGUUCUAUUAGCGUUUUAGAGAUCGAGAAGAAAAGCUCGUGAUGAACAACAACAACAACAACAACCGAGGAAGGUAUCCUCCUGGGAUUGGCGCUGGCCGUGGAGCCUUUAACCCUAACCCUAAUUUCCAAUCACGGCCUACUUAUCAACAACAGCCGCCGCCACAGUACGUUCAGCGCGGCGGUUACGCGCAGCAGAAUCACCAACAACAGUUUCAGCAAGCGACUUCGCAGCCGCAUCAACAACAUCAAUACCAACAACAACAACAACAACAAUGGCUUCGAAGACCCCAGAUCUCCGCCGGUAACAGUAACGGCGAUGCAGUUGUAGAAGUUGAGAAAACUGUUCAGUCCGAAGCUAUCGACACAAAUUCGGAAGACUGGAAAGCGAGGCUAAAGCUACCUGCACCUGAUACUCGCUACAGAACAGAGGAUGUGACAGCCACAAAGGGAAACGAGUUUGAAGAUUAUUUUUUGAAGCGGGAACUUCUCAUGGGAAUAUACGAGAAGGGUUUUGAAAGACCUUCUCCUAUUCAAGAAGAGAGUAUUCCCAUUGCCUUAACUGGUAGAGAUAUCCUUGCCCGAGCAAAGAACGGGACUGGGAAGACAGCCGCCUUUUGUAUUCCUGUCUUGGAAAAAAUUGACCAAGAUAACAACGUUAUUCAAGCUGUGAUAAUUGUUCCAACUCGAGAGUUAGCCCUUCAGACAUCACAAGUGUGUAAGGAGCUUGGGAAGCAUUUGAAGAUUCAAGUCAUGGUGACCACCGGAGGCACCAGUCUGAAAGAUGAUAUCAUGCGUUUGUAUCAGCCUGUCCAUUUACUUGUGGGAACUCCUGGGAGAAUUCUGGAUCUUGCCAAGAAAGGUGUAUGUGUUUUAAAAGAUUGUUCCGUGCUCGUUAUGGAUGAGGCUGAUAAGCUUUUAUCACAAGAGUUCCAACCUUCAGUGGAACACUUGAUCAGCUUUCUUCCGCAAAAUCGUCAGAUUUUGAUGUUCUCAGCCACGUUCCCUGUCACUGUCAAGGAUUUCAAGGAUAGAUUUCUGACGAAUCCUUAUAUUAUCAAUCUCAUGGAUGAACUUACGCUCAAGGGUAUCACCCAGUUCUAUGCUUUCGUUGAAGAACGUCAGAAAAUUCAUUGCCUGAAUACACUAUUCUCCAAGCUGCAAAUUAACCAAUCGAUCAUAUUCUGCAAUUCUGUGAACCGUGUGGAGCUCUUAGCUAAGAAAAUUACAGAACUUGGGUAUUCGUGCUUUUACAUCCAUGCAAAGAUGCUUCAAGACCACCGAAACAGAGUGUUCCAUGACUUUCGCAAUGGUGCAUGCCGGAAUCUUGUGUGUACUGACCUCUUCACACGUGGAAUUGACAUUCAAGCAGUCAAUGUGGUGAUUAACUUUGAUUUCCCAAAGAAUGCAGAAACUUAUCUCCACAGGGUUGGUCGAUCAGGAAGGUUUGGCCAUCUUGGUUUAGCUGUGAAUCUUAUCACCUAUGAGGACCGCUUCAACCUGUACCGGAUUGAGCAAGAGCUUGGAACGGAGAUCAAGCAAAUUCCUCCGCAUAUCGAUCAGGCAAUAUAUUGCCAAUAACUAAGGGUUGACCGCUUUAGUCUGCUGUUAGGUGUCAGUAAUAAAUUGGUUGGUUGAAGCAAUGGGUUGCAGUUGUCUGUCUUUAUCUAGCCAUUGCAGGACGACCAUAACCCAAAAAGUCUUCACAUUCGACCUCUGAAAUGUUAUUUUGUGCGUCUUUGGCUUUCCUCUAUUUUUAAAGAUCAAUUACAUAUAGACAAGGGCAUAGAUUGUUUGAAAUACCGGGUAGUUGUCGAAGUGAAGUCUUUUAUUUAGUUGUAACAAGUCGUUUGAUGCUA